CAGCCUUCCAGGUUGACAGCCAUCUCUCUCCCAGUACUGGUAGGCAUCCAGUCGCCUUCCUCCAUCCGCCAUUACUCUUCCGUUCCUGGGUCAACACGACUCAGCAACAUCCGCCAUUGCCUCGCAGGUUACGCGAUCGCUCCUAGCCGGUGCUUGGUCCUAGCCUUCGUGUCUCGCUAGGGCUUCGCGCCAACGGAACAGAACCGUCAGCACCUGGGCUUCGAUCGCAAAAGCCACGCGACCCCGUUGCCACAACAUCAACACUUGCGGUACCUCAUCGCUAGUGUACCGUGCCAUUGUCAGCUUGCGAGGAAGAUCUGAGUGCGACGAGUUGCCUCGCUCCACCUCUGUCGCGCGCGUCUUCCGUAGCAGCGCCGUUGUGGUUCGCGCCACCCGACCGUGUCUGGCAGCCAGUGUCCUCCCAUCUGCCACCACGAUCGGCCACUCGAUACACCAUGGCGAACCACCAUCCCUCACCGCAAAUGGUGAUGCAGAUGCAACAGCAGCAGCAGCACCAUGGUGCGCCUGCGCCACCCCAGCUCGCGGGCCAAGUGCACCCGGGACAGUGGCCGGGCGCCUCCCCACGCGCCAUCUCUCAGGUCAACGAGGCUCUAUGGAUGCAAAUUGGAUCAUUCUCCGAGCUCAUCGGCCAACUAGACGAUGCGAUGGGUGCAUACGAGCGCGCGCUCCACGCCAAUCCCAAUUCCGUUCCUGCCAUGAACGCCAUCAGCCUCAUUCUCCGCAGCAGAGAAGAAUUCCCGAAGGCGGUUGAAUACCUACAAGCCAUUCUCAAAAUCGACGAGCGAAAUGGCGAAGUCUGGGGUAGCCUUGGCCAUUCUUACCUUAUGAUGGACGAUCUCCAGCAGGCUUACGCUGCCUACCAGAACGCGCUGGUGAACUUGCCCAACCCAAAGGAGCCUAAAUUGUGGUAUGGCAUUGGUAUUCUGUACGAUCGCUACGGCUCUCUCGAUCAUGCCGAAGAGGCGUUUUCCCAGGUGAUGCAAAUGCAGCCUGAUUUCGAGAAGGCGAACGAGAUCUACUUCAGACUUGGCAUCAUCUACAAGCAGCAGUCCAAGUAUGGAUCCUCGCUCGAGUGCUUCAAAUACAUUGUGAACUCGCCGCCGCCUCCUCUGAACGAGGAAGACAUCUGGUUCCAGAUUGGCCACGUUCACGAGCAGCAGAAAGACUAUGACAGCGCCAAGAGCGCCUACAGUCGCGUGCUGGAGCGUGAUCCGAACCAUGCCAAGGUCCUCCAGCAGCUUGGCUGGCUGCACCACCAGCAAAGCAGCAGCUUCCAGAGCCAGGAACGCGCCAUUGAGUACCUGGAAAAGUCUGUUGCUGCGGAUAACAACGAUGCUCAGAGCUGGUACUUGCUUGGACGCUGCUACAUGUCUCAGCAGAAGUACCCCAAGGCAUACGAAGCCUACCAGCAAGCUGUCUACCGGGACGGACGCAAUCCGACAUUCUGGUGCUCGAUCGGUGUGCUGUACUACCAGAUCAACCAGUACAGGGAUGCGCUUGACGCAUACUCUCGCGCCAUCCGCCUGAAUCCAUACAUCUCCGAAGUGUGGUAUGAUCUUGGAACAUUGUACGAGUCUUGCAACAACCAAAUUUCUGAUGCGCUUGAUGCCUAUCAGAGGGCAGCCGAGCUUGACCAGAACAACCCGCACAUCAAGGCUCGUCUCCAGCUUCUGAGAAACGGUCCGAAUAACAGAGACGGACCUAUCCCACAGGCUGUGCCGACGGACGUACAUCCGAAUGCAUACAGCGCGCAAGGCCCGCAAGCGCCUACCUGGACCGGGUCUGGCCCUAUGCAGCAAGCUGGUUCUGGUGCUCAUCGGCCGCCUCCUGGCCCGACUGCAACCAACGGCUGGGGCCCCAGGCCUAACGAGCUCAAUCCUCCUCAGGCACCCAACUCGUUUGAUCAGCAGCGCGGUGAGCCUCUGCGGGGUCCUGUGCCACCCUCUGCGAACCGUCCACCGAGCCCUCGGCAGGAGAUGCGCCCAUACCCAGGUGAGGGCAAUGGGCAAGGCCCUCCCGGUCCCAUUCGUCGCGGCCCAACUCCUCCUCCGCCGCAGUAUGGUCCUCCUGCUCCGGGCCCAGGCCAGCAGGCUCCCCUGCCGCCUCAGCAGCCUCCUCAGCAGCAGCAACCUCCUGCCGGAGCUCAAGGUCCGACCAGAGUUUCGAACCCGAACUACCAACCCGCGCCCUCUGCAAGCAUCCCGCCUGCGAAUGGUCCUCCUCCGUCUCACACCAUCCCGCCGUACGGCCGUCCCGGCUCACCUCGUGCUGACGGACCUCGCCCGAUGCAUGACAACCGCAUGCCCUCUCCCAAAUCUGCGUAUCCUCAGCACCAGGCACCAUAUCCCCCUCACCACCAGGAGGGGCCUAUGCAUGGCAGCCAGGAGCCGGGUGGUCCUCCGCCCAAGGGCGCGACUCCCCACGACCUUCAUCGUGAGCACGAACGACCAUCGUCGGUCGCUUCUAAGCGUCACCGCGAGUGGGACGACGAGCCGCACCCCAAGAAGCAUGCCAACGAUGAGAACCGGGCUCGCAUGGACGACCAUAGGCACCGACGGCCGUCGACACCUUCGCGGGAUGUCUUCCAGAGGUCCCCCGAAAUUCGGCGGUAUGAGGAGCAGCACCGUCAGGCUGAGGAACAACGCCGCGCUGAAGAGUCGCGACGCGCAGAGGAGCCGCGCCGGCAAGAAGAGACAGCUCGUCAUGCCAAUGACAACUACCACCCUUCGGAAGCUGCUCACCACCCGCCUGCCCACUCGCUUCCCGCUCAGCUGCCGCCUAUGCAAGGUCCCGCUCACGACAGCCCAACUUCCCAGCAGAACACGGCGGCCAAAGACUUCCAACCGAAGGAGGAGCGGCCUCGUGGCGAGCACCCUGCUGCACCUUCCGCCCCUGCGCAGCCCAAUGAGCCCGAGCGCGCUGCCAGGAAGAUGGAUGUAGACGAGGACUAUGACGACAGCGGCGAGGACGACAAGAAGCUUGCCUCCGCUGCUGCUCCUGGAACGUCAGGGCCCCCCUCCGCCAGCAACACCGCCGGCCCUGAUGCCAAGUCGUCCACGCCCUCGAAUGCUGGCGCGAAUGGCUUUUCUGGCCCCGCUCCCAAGACAGAGAGCGUCUCCUAGGUCUGGCCUCGGCAGCCUAGUCCGCGCCUCGACUGAAGUUGGUUAUUUGUGAAGGAGUUUAGGGCUGUAGGAGACGACAAGGAUGGAGCCAGGCAUACCCGAUUUCCCUUGCAAUCUUUCAAUUGUCCUUCUGAAGAUGUGUAUAGCAAUCCACACGACGUGGUCUGUGAAAAUAGUGCCAAGUCCCAGUGUCAUCUCCCUGCAGUCUACUGCAGCGGUGGCGGAGGACGAGGCCGAAGAGUUUCUAUUUUAUGAGACCAACGAGGCUCUGUGCCACUUCCCCGAGCUUUCUUUAGUAAUCAUAUCAAUUCAUACCAGAUAUUUGCUUCACGC